GCAAUCGGUGGUGAUUUCGCGUCGUGGACGGUUAAAUCUUUCCGAAGCGGUAGUAUCAUAUAAAAGAAUCACUUAGUUUUCGGAAAUAAGUGUCUUUAAUAACUUCACAAAAAUUAAUAAAUGUAAAGUUGCAAAACAAUAAUCAGAUUCCAGUGCAGUUUCUAACACGACUCGUGGUUCGAUCGUUAAUAGUAAAUUAUCAUAAAGAAGUAGAGGCCAUUGCGAUGGUGCAAGUGAGAGUAUCGGAAGGUAUGCUGGAAGGCGAGGUAGUGCACAAUGAGUAUGGAGGCACCUUCUGCAGCUUCAAGGGCAUACCGUAUGCGCAGCCGCCGAUAGGAGACCUGCGGUUCAAGGCACCACAGCCAAAGCAACCAUGGCAAGGCUUGCGUCAAGCAAAGGAAUUCGGCCCAGUUUGCUACCAAUGUAACUCAUCCUUUACUAACCUGACAAACAUGAGUGAAGACUGCCUUUAUCUGAACGUUUACACACCAGACGUUAGAAAUAAAAACCUUCCGGUCAUGGUCUGGAUACACGGAGGAGGAUUUAUCUGGGGUAGUGGCAAUGACGACUGGUAUGGUCCAGAAUUUCUCAUCAGACAUGGCAUAAUUCUCGUCACAUUCAACUACAGGCUGGAAGCACUUGGGUUCUUAUGCCUUGAUACAAAAGAAGUACCUGGUAAUGCUGGAAUGAAGGAUCAAGUAGCGGCUCUUAGAUGGGUGAAGAAUAAUAUUGCUAGCUUCGGUGGUAAUCCCGAUGAUGUUACUAUUUUUGGUGAAAGCGCUGGUGCGGGAAGUGUGGCAUAUCACUUGAUAUCUCCGAUGUCUAAAGGACUAUUUAAACGAGCGAUUGUUCAGAGUGGAUCGGCCACAUGUUUCUGGUCACUAGCUUUCGAACCCAGAGAAAAAGCCCUGCUCCUUGCAAAACAAUUAGGACUAGAAUCCGAAGAUGAUAAGGAAUUGUAUGAAUUCUUUAAACAGCAACCUUUACAAAAGCUUGUUGAUUUAAAAUUACAAGUAACGCUAUCACAAAAAUCUUACGAAAUCCAUUUCGGUGUGGCAGAUGAAAAAGAUUUUGGUGACGAGAGAUUCUUUUAUGGAAAUGUCGUUGACGCUGUACGUAACAGAACUCAUGAAGGAGUGGAGAUCAUGACUGGGUACACCAAGGACGAAGGUUUGAUGGGAGUAGCUAUUGGUGGUCCGUUCGAAUAUAUCCUCGCUAAAGCUAAACUUUACCGCGAAUUCUUUACCCCUAAACUUAUACAAACACACUGUGCGAUUGCCGACCAAUUAAAAGCUGCGAGGAAGAUACAGAAAUUCUAUUUUGAAAACGAACCUGUAUCGAUGCAAAAUGCAGAUAAACUCAUCAAGUUUAUAAGUACCGAUAUGUUUGUUCAUGGAAUAAUGUUAUCCGCUAAGCUUGAGUCGUCGAAACACAGGGUGUAUUUAUACAAGUUUAAUUGUAUAUCGGAAAGAAAUCAGUUCAGCGAGAUAUUUUUCGUCGAUCAUCUUACGAAAGAUAAGCCGGUGGUAUGUCACUGCGAUGAUUUGACGUAUCUGUUUCCGAUAAAAGUUUUUACAGACAAAGUUGAUAAAAACUCGGAAUGUUUCAAAUUGAUCGACAGGGUCACUAAGCUUUGGACCAAUUUCGCCAAAUACGGGAACCCUACCCCGGAUGCUAGCCUCGGGGUACAAUGGAAGCCAUACACCUUAGAAGGGCAAGAUUACUUGGACAUCGGUAACGUAUUGAUUGCUGGCAAAUCACCAGAUAAGGAAGAAAACGACAUGUGGGAGGAAGUGUUUGAGGAAUAUUUGCCUAACUUUACUGUUGGCAAAUAAUCAUUCCCAAUUAGAAUUCGACAACCUAGAUUUAAUUAUAACAUAUAGGGGUAGUUUCACUUACAACCUUUACUAACAUUUAUCUACUCUUCACCAUCACUUCAAAACAUUUUUCCUUGUAGAUAGGUACAUAACUGGUAAGGUGGUGAAAGUAAGAGCUAAAGGACAAUAAAAAUACUUUCCGAGUAUUUUUCUGUUGACCAAACAACAUGAAAAGUUACCCGAAUUAUAUUUCCCCUCCAUCAUUUUCCUGUUCUUACAAAAGUUUCCGUGUAAACAUAACAUCAUCUAUUACUAAGCAUAUUUACUAGUGUGUUAGAAGUUAGUUAAUGUCUGUAUUCAUAGCGACACAAAAUAUAACUUGUGACGUCACUAAAGUGGGUUUUUGUUCGUAAAAUCGUGUCACUUGCUCCGAGUUUAAUGGCGCACAGUUUCCGUAGAUAACUGUGAACUAAAACUUAACUAUAUGGAACUGCAUUGUUUUAUGUAUAUUUAGAGUACCCUAGAGUAUCCACACAAUGUUUUUGUCAACUGUUUAGUCCUGCAGCCUAAAUAGUGGGAGGACAAUUGACCCAAUGGUUGGCAAAAAAAAUCUUUUUAAGAUAAAAUUGAUGCCGAUCAAAGUUUUCAGUCGGGUUGAUACCGACGAAAAAUUUUGUAAUGUGCGUACCUACUGCCUUUCAUCUUCAUACUAUCAAGCGCGCGAUUAAACUAUCGGCCGACUAAAAGUCUGCAGUGUACGGAUACUCUAAAUAUAUAAUAGUUAGGUUUUGAUUUGAAGUAGAGAUUUAAUAUUGAUAUUAACCCCAUACUAAUAAUGCCAAAUUCCUAUUUCUAGUAAGCAAAACAAUAGACAAAUUAAAUAUUUGGAACAGCCGUAAAUGUGUAUAGUCCCGUAUUUAGUUUUGUCAGAAAACACCUGCCAAUUAGUCCUUUGACAAUUUCUAUUUAUAUAGUGUCCGUACAAUUCAAUGUUUCAGCCGUGCAGUGUUGCAACCAUGCAAUUAAGCGAUGUCGAUAAAAAGUCUAGUAAAUAAAAUAGUCUAGCUAAUGUUACUAUGUAUCGUUUUAAUAAGCAUUAAAUUAUAUUGUUGCUAUCUUAUCUUUGUAGCGUUUAGUUCAUUUAUGAAGUUAUGCUCUUAAGAUUGAGUUUUAAGUAGAUAUAUUUAUUGCUCUAAGAUUACUACUAUGUUAUGCGGAAAGUACUUUUCCACAGUUUCUCAUAGAUAACUGAGGUUUUACAAGUUCACUCUAUUUUAUAACAUGCAAAUGAGGAAACCAUUUAGAUAAGGCUAUUAAUUGCCCAAACAACAGUUCUAGCACAAUUGAAGUCAAACACUUUGUAUACACAAUUACCGACUUUACUUUACAUAUAAAUAAUUCCUGCUAUACUUUUUACCCUAAACUCAAAUGUCCCCAACAAAAUGGCCCAUAGAACACGCAUGACCCUCCAGCUACGAUUAUGGUUCUCAAUAUCCAUAAAACAGAACCAGAAAACGUAAUGAAAAAAAAAAAAACAAA